AUGCUCCAGACCACCCUCCGCGCCCUCUCGAGGCGCACAGCGGCCGUCGCGCCAGCACAGGUCCGACUCUGCUCCUCCUCCGCCUGCUCGUCCACCCUGCUCAAGAGCGCAUCGCUCAAGUCUCCUUCGCUCGCCUCGUCUUCCACACUCGCAUCGACAUCACCAGCAUCAUCAGCGUUGAAGUCGCUGGAUCAGCAGCAGAGGGGCAUGAAGGUGCGCUCGUCCGUCAAGAAGUUCUGCGACGGCUGCUCGGUCGUCCGCCGCAAGGGGAGGCUCUAUGUGAUCUGCAGCAAGGAUCCCAAGCACAAGCAGCGUCAGGGCUAA